AUUUUCCUUUGAUGCAUCUUUCUUUGUCUUUCAUUAUUCUUCGUAGAUGGAUUCACAAAACAAUGCUUAUUACACCAGUCUUUUAAGUGGAGGAUCAACCAUCGACGAUCCCUUUCUUACCAAUGAGCAUAGUGAAACUAAUGAGGAUAGUCCUACCGUGCCUCAAUUCACCAAUACCCCUUCCAUUGCUAGGAGGGGUCAACGGGGAACCAACUUUGCAAUUGAGGAUGAUUUAUUGCUCAUUUCCGCAUAUCUUAAUACUAGCUUAGAUCCGGUGCAUGGAAACCAACAAAAGCUAGGCGCCUAUUGGGAAAGGAUUGAAAAUUACUACAAUGAAAACAAGCAAGAUGUUAAUAUCGUUCGAUCCAAAGUCUCAUUGCAGCAUCGUUGGAGUACUUUACAAAGAGAAGUUAACAAAUUUUGUGGACAUUUUGCGAAAAUAGAUGGAAGACAGCAGAGUGGAGUGACUGAACAAGAUAAGAUUAUGCAGGCUCAAAUAAUGUUCAAACAAUUGGAAAGUCAUUCAUUCCAAUUCUUACAUUGUUGGUAUCAACUGAGACAUCACCCAAAGUGGAUGAUGGAGAAUUCUUCAAGGAAGGCCAACAAGAAAACAAAGAAUUCUAGUCCGCAAUCCUCUCCCCCAACAACUCCUGAUUCAAUAAAUCUAGAAGAAGAUGAAAAUGUGCCCAGCACUUUCGAUGAGUUAGAGCGACCACUUGGUAGAAAAGCAUCGAAAGAACGCCUCCGCAAAGGGAAGACACAAGCUACCAGUGCUUCUACAACUUCUUCAGCAAUGAUGAUAAUAAAAUUUGACGAAGAAUGCACAAAAAGAGAAGCCCGAUAUGAGAGAGCAUUCUCACAACAACAAGAAUUGAUAGACAUUGAGAAGAAAAAAUAUCGUAUCAAAGAAGCAAUGGAAGAGGAAAGAAUCAUGCUUAUGGACACUGCUAGCAUGCCUCCAGGUUUAGCAACAUAUUACGAGCGUCGCAAGGCAGAAAUAUUAGCUAGACAAGGCCUUGAUUGAACUCUGAAUAUGUUAAUUUUUAGCUUAAUGUUUAUAUGUAUUAAACACUAUUUAAGUUCUGACCUCAUAUGUAUGAACUGUGGGUUUAAUUAUAUAAUGGAUAGUUCCAACUGUUUGUAUAUGA